AUGGGGGCAUUCGAGGAUUAUGUGGGGAUGCUGCUUUCCUUCGAUACCGCGGAGCUGGGGGAGUUCAAGGAGGUGGGAAAGAAGGCCAUGUACAGAAUAUGUGUAAAGGUGUCCCAUGCCUCUUCCAUGGAAGGGGUAAAAUCGGCGAGGUGGGCGGGUGGCGUGUGCAUUGCCCAGUCUCUGAAGAUCCCCAGGGAGCCGAUGCCGGGGGAGUUUGACAAGCUCAUCCUGCGACUGCUGGAGACCUCCAACGCCCGAGCCGUCAUCAUGUUUGCCAAUGAGGACGACAUUCGCCGUAUCCUGGAUGCGGCCAAACGCAACAACCAGACGGGUCACUUCCUGUGGGUGGGCUCAGACAGCUGGGGCUCCAAGAUCUCCCCUGUGGUCCAGCAGGAGAGAGUGGCAGAGGGGGCCGUCACCAUCCUCCCCAAGAGAGCCUCCAUAGACGCCUUCGACCGUUACUUCCGGAGCCGUUCCCUCUCCAACAACAGGAGGAACGUGUGGUUCGCUGAAUUCUGGGAAGAAAACUUUGUGUGCAAGUUAGGGAUGCAUGGCAAGCGACCUGGGAGCCCCAAAAAAUGCACAGGACUGGAGAAGGUGGGCCGUGACUCAACCUAUGAACAGGAGGGGAAGGUACAGUUUGUGAUGGAUGCUGUAUAUGCCAUGGCCCACGCCCUACACCGAAUGCACCGGGAGCUCUGCUCAGGGUACCCAGGCCUGUGUCCACGCAUGGCCAACAUUGACGGCAAGGAGCUACUGACCUUCAUCAGGGCGGUAAACUUCAAUGGAAGUGCUGGGACUCCUGUCACAUUUAAUGAGAAUGGCGAUGCUCCAGGACGCUACGACAUCUUUCAGUACCAGAUCAACAACAGAUCAACAGCAGAGUACAAGGUCAUCGGCCACUGGACCGACCAGCUAUACCUAAAUAUGGAUGCCAUGCAGUGGACCAGUGGAGACCCCUCUGUGCCCGCCUCUGUGUGCAGCCUGCCCUGCAAGAUGGGCGAGAGAAAGAAGGUGGUGAAGGGAGUACCAUGUUGCUGGCACUGCGAGCGCUGUGAGGGCUACCACUUCCAGGCCAGUGAGUUCAUGUGUGAGCUGUGCCCGUAUGAGCAACGCCCUGACCAGAACCACACCGGGUGCCAACCUAUCCCCAUCAUCAAGCUGGAGUGGCACUCUCCCUGGGCAGUGUUGCCAGUAUUUAUCUCUGUCCUGGGCAUUCUGGCUACCACCUUCGUCAUUGUCACCUUUGUGCGUUACCACGACACACCCAUUGUCCGAGCCUCGGGCCGGGAGAUGAGCUAUGUUUUGCUCACAGGUAUCUUCCUGUGCUAUGCUAUCACCUUCCCCAUGAUCGCAGCCCCUGACGUUGCCGUUUGCUCCUUUAGGCGCAUUUUCCUGGGCCUGGGGAUGUGCUUCAGCUAUGCAGCUUUGCUUACCAAAACCAACCGCAUCCACCGCAUCUUCGAGCAGGGCAAGAAGGCUGUGACGCCACCUCGGUUCAUCUCCCCGGCCUCCCAGCUGGUCAUCACCUUCAGCCUGAUCUCAGUUCAGUUAAUGGGCGUGUUUGUGUGGUUCGCCGCCGACCCGCCACACACGGUAGUGGACUAUGGUGAGCAGCGCACGCAGGACCCUGAGAACGCCCGCGGGGUGCUCAAGUGUGACAUCUCAGACCUCUCACUCAUCUGCUCGCUUGGAUACAGUAUCCUGUUGAUGGUCACAUGUACUGUUUAUGCCAUCAAGACCAGGGGAGUGCCAGAGACCUUCAACGAGGCCAAGCCUAUUGGAUUUACUAUGUACACUACCUGCAUUAUUUGGUUAGCAUUUAUACCCAUCUUCUUUGGGACGGCACAGUCGGCAGAAAGGAUGUACAUCCAGACAGCCACGCUAACCGUCUCCCUCAGCCUGAGCGCCUCCGUCUCCCUGGGACUACUCUAUAUGCCCAAGGUCUACAUCAUCAUCUUCCACCCAGAGCAGAACGUCCCCAAGCGCAAGCGCAGCUUCAAGGCCAUUGUCACUGUCGCCACCAUGACCAGCAAGCUGUCCCAGCUAACCUCCGAGCGACCCAACGGAGAGGUGAAGACCGAACUCUGCGAGGGCAUGGACACCAGCAUGCCAUCAUCCAAAACAACGUAUGUCAGCUACACCAACCAUGCCAUUUGAAGAGAGAAGCUCUGAACAGAGGAUUACUGAGGAAUUCCACAUGCAGACUUGGAUGUGUCAGAUUCACACAUGACAGGGCCUUCAAACAAGCAUGAGACAUUGAUAUUGAUCAGAGUCAAAAUGAUGUCUGAGAGGGUGGCAGCCAAAAUAAAUAUGUCUGCUCUUUCAUGUUCACAGACAGAGCUAAUGGGCCUGUUAGAAGCAGACCAAAAAAUAUAUAUGGUCAGUAAACAAACCAUCCAAGAGACUUAACGAAAGAGGAUGGUGAACAGAAGAGGAAAACGAAACCUAAUUUAAAAGAUCAUUUAAAAAUACAUUGUUGGGAUCAACCUUGUUAGUUGUUAUUCUAAUUGUACGUAUUUUGUGGUUGUGAAGAUUUCAAAUUCUUGUCUCAUGUCGUCUGACCUGCAUUACAAGAUGAGUCUGUCUGUAUCGGCUAACUAAAUCGUAGCCUUGAGUUGUAAAAUCUGUUCAUGACAUGGUUUAA